AUGAUUAUCCAGGCAGCGAAACCAGCAGUCGCCGUGGCAAGAAGUCAGCCAUCUCGUGCUCGAGUUCGUGCCAUGGCUGUAUGCCCUUUGGCCCUUAUCGAAUCACCGAGAGAUGGACAAUCGGAUAUGAGUGUGGAAUUGGUGGUGCCGAGGUAUGUGGAGCGCGGUUCCAGCGCCACAUUCAAAUGCAAGCACAAUGUGGUACCGGAGAUACUAUUCAAGGUGACAUGGCUAAAGGUUGAAAAGGGCAAAUUCUUCGAAUUUAUAAAUGGACGAACGCCGCCCUUUCGCAAUUCAACCAUCGAAGGGGCUGAAAUUGACUGGGAGAAAUCGAAUGAGACGCAGGUUACGUUGAAGAAUGUGCAAUUCGACCUCUCAGGGCAGUUCUUCUGUGAAGUCUCGACGGAUACGCCCAUUUUCACCAAAGCCAGCGCCGAUGAGCUGAUGAGCGUGUUCUUGCCUCAGACAGCUCCUCCCGCCAUCAAGUUUCGGAAGCGAACACCGUUUGCAAUCGGCGAGAAGCUAUUUGCCCUGUGCAAUACAACCCGAGGUCGUCCCGCGCCUCACGUCACCUGGUUAAUCAAUGGGAAAAAGGUGGAAGAGAAAUACGUCCGCACGCAUCACGUGUAUUCAUUCAACGGCAAGCACCAGCGUCGAACACAACAACAACAACAGACCCAGCUGACUCAGCAGCAGCUGCAACAUUACUAUCAGCAACAAUACUACAACCAGUAUCAGUCCCAGUAUCACGUGCCCCACUACAUCGACCGCUAUGACAAGAGUCUGCGGUGGGGAGGUGCUCGUCCUGAUGAUUUCUCACACUUUGCUCCGCAUCAUGGCCACGAUGGACAUGGCCAUCAUGGCGGAGGCGUUGGCAGCAUCUACAACAAUCCGUUUAGCUCGCUGGCCAAUUACCACGACAUUGGAGAGAUACACGAGAUACAUCAGCGCAACUACGAAAUUACAAAGAAGCACAUGGAGCAGAAGAAGCAGCAGCAAAUGGAGAUGAAGAAGCACAGGAACUCGAACCGAAAAUUCCGCCGGCAUAUCACCGAGAAUGCGCUGGGCAUUAUUCGCAGCACCUUGAAUAACGGCGGCUUUGGGCCCCAGGCGCCCAACAUGAAUAAGGAACUGGGCAUACCAUCGAAUGCUGGGCCCAUGAAUCAGCUGGCCGCUGGCUAUCAACGUCCGCUCUCACAUCCUGGCGGCAGCAGCGGGGUAGCAGCGGCAGCGGCUGCAGUGACCGCUGCGCAGCAGGAGAAGGGCAUGUACAGCAUUAGUCAGCUUAACCUGGAAAUUACUGAGCAGCAUGUGGGCAGUAAUGGACGCAUGGAGAUCACAUGCCUGUCCACGAUACCAGCGACGAUUGGACAGGGCGAGCAGUAUGCCGAUUACAAAACAUUUUCGGUCAAAGUGGAGGUCGAGCGACAUCAAGCGUCCUCCACGUCCACAGCACCACCGAGCAUUGGCAUGGCGGCCCUCGGUAAUGGAAAUGGCCACGGAAACGAAACCUCUGCCGGGUGGAGGGCGCGCGGAGUUGUCCUGACGCAUCUGUGGUCUUUGGCGACACUGUUUGUGUUCGUGCUGCUGUCCCUGAGCUACUAAGGAGCACCUGCAGCCGGAGAUGCUAUCAAACUAAAGGAGAGAAGACCACCGACAUUGUAAAAGGUACAGUAAUCCAAAACCCACUGCAGUAACAGCAAAAUUGAGAGCACGAGCAAAAGCAACACAUGCAAGUUAGCUUUUACACAACACAAAA